UCCAGGCAGAGGGGCUAGCGUGGACCCUCAGUGUCCUGAGCACCUGGGGCUCAAGAUGACCAAGACCUGCUCCCCACAGCCCCUGAGGAACUGCCAGGGCAGCAGGCGACCAGGAUGGGAGGAGGCAGACGGAGAGUUCUGGGCCCCAGGCGGCGGGCAACUCGCUGAGGGAAUCUCCCACCUGGGCUUCCGCCUUCUGCGCAAGAUCUCCAUGAAGCACGACAACAACGUGGCCUUCUCCCCGCUCGGCCUGGCCUCGGCCCUGGUGGCCCUGGCUCUGGGGAGCAAAGGGCAGACGCGAGCUGAGCUGGAGUCGGGGCUGGGCCUGCGGGAGCUGACCAGGCCCGGGCACCUGCCGAUGCACUUCAGGCAGCUGCGGGGCUCCCUCGCCCUCAAUCAGGAGCUGGGCCUGAUGCAGGGGAGCUUGGCCUUCAUCCACCGGGACUUCGACGUCCAGGAGAGCUUCCUCCACCUCUCCAGGCGCUACCUGGACACUCUGUGCGUGCCGGUGGACUUCCGCAACAGCUCCCAGGCCAGAGCGCUCAUGAAUUACUACGUGGACAAGGGCACCUGGGGCAAGAUCCCCCAGUUCUUUGACGAGGUGAACCCUAGCACCAAAUUCAUUCUCGCCGACUACAUCAUGCUCAGAGGGAGGUGGCAGAGCCCCUUCGACCCGGACCUCACCGAAGUGGACACCUUCCACCUGGACAAGUACCGGGCCGUGAAGGUGCCCAUGAUGUUCCAGGCGGGCAAGUUCGCCUCCACCUUCGACAAGACCUUCCGCUGCCACGUGCUCCAGCUGCCCUACCGGGGCAACGCCAGCAUGCUGGUGGUCCUCAUGGAGAACAUAGGCGACCACCUGGCCCUCGAAGACUACCUGACCCCGGAGCUGGUGGACACCUGGCUCAGGACCUUGAAAACCAAGAAAAUGGAGGUUUUCUUCCCCAAGUUCAAGUUAGACCAGAAGUACGAGAUGCACCAGCUGCUCAAACAGCUGGGGAUCAGACAGAUCUUCUCUCCCUGGGCUGACCUGAGUGAGGUCUCAGCGACCGCCAAAGACCUCAGGGUCUCCAAGGUCCUACAAAGAACAGUGCUCGAAGUGGACGAAAAGGGGACGGAGGCGGCGGCCGGAGUCGCUGCUGAAAUCACGGCCUACUCCAUGCCUCCCGUCAUCAGAGUGAACCGGCCCUUUCACUUCCUCAUCUACGAGGAACCCUCUAGAACGCUGCUGUUUCUGGGCAGAGUGAUGGACCCAACUGCCCUCUGACGAGCGGAGGGCCCGGAGGCUGCACCGCAGGGCGGCGACCUGCAGGGGACACGGUGGUGGGGGUGCCAGGGCGCCCCCUGCUGUCCCACCACUGCUCCAGCUAGUUUGUGCCACUCAGUGAAGCCCACGGUCCCCACUCGGACCUUAAGGAGGUGUCGGGUGGCACGUGGGCUGCUGU